AUCAAAAGGUCUGUCACUAGUUUGAAAAGUGGCCACAAAAAGCGACAAACAAUCUCUCACAGUUUAAGCUCUUGAUGUGACAUCGAUGCCAUGGAAAUAUUUCAAAAUUUGGAAUUUCCAGGGAAUGAGAAUGACACUUCUUACUAUUAUGGGGAUGGUUAUGUCUGCAAUCCCAGGGAUGAAUUCAGCCUCGAAUCCCAGACCAUUGCUAUAUCUGUAGUCUCCCUGCUAGUCUCUGUAAUGGGGGUGCUGGGGAAUGGGCUGGUCCUCACUGUUCUGAUCUGCACCAAACACACAAGAACCCCUACCGACAGUUACCUGUUGCACCUAACACUGAUCGAUCUCCUGCUCUCCCUCAGCCUCCCAUUCACUGCCAUUCAGGGUAUUUUCCAGUGGUACUUCGGGCAAGUUGUGUGCAAGAUGGUGGGCACCAUGUAUAAACUCAACUUUUUCUGCAGUAGCCUUCUCCUGGGAUUCAUCAGCUUCGACCGGUACCUGGCGAUUGUCUAUGCAGUCCAGACCUACAAGAAACGCAAGCAAGUGGUCAUCCAUUGCAUAUGCGCUGGAGUCUGGGCUCUGUGUCUCUUGCUGCAGCUUCCCAACACCAUUUACUUGAGAGUUGAGACUCAAGAGAACAAGAGCAUGUGUACCUACCCUUGGGCCAGUGUUGAGCGAUGGCUGCUCACAGAGCAAAUCCUGUAUCAUGUGCUGGGCUUUGCACUACCCUUGCUUGUCAUGUGCUAUUGUUACACCAUGGUGGGCAAAACCCUGUGGAGGUGCCAGAACUUCAAGAGACGCAAGGCCGUCAGGGUUGUGCUGUUGGUUACUGCUGUCUUUUUCCUCUGUUGGACUCCCUUCAACCUGGUGAUCUUCAUCAACACUUUAUCCAAACUUGAAUUGAUCAACAGUCAGUCCUGCCAUUUUGAACACGACCUGGGGGUUGCCCUCAGAGUCACCGAAUGCAUCGGCUCUGUCCGCUGCUGUUUGAACCCCAUACUUUACGCUUUCAUCGGGGUCAAGUUCAGGAAUGACGUGUUGAAGCUUCUCAGAGAAAUGGGCUGCAUCAGCCAGGCUACCCUGGACAAGCACUUCCAACUCAAACAAACCACCAAGAACAGGAGCUCAACUCUGACUGAAAAUCAAUUUGUGGAAUAAUAAGCACUGGGGGCCACUACCCUGCAUGAGGGCGCUGUCUAAUUGCAAGUUAUUGUUGUCCAAACCUGCAGCGCAACCCAUAGCCAUCAUGGCAAAGCAUGGCCAAUAAUAUAAGGUGGGGGGGGGGGGCGGGAUUUGUCUAAUGGCUCUGCUUACACAAUAACCUCGCUUUGUGAACGGCGCUUGUUUUGUGCUCAAUAUUCUCCUCACUUUUACUUUUAAACAGUGUAUUUGCUCAACCACAUUUUAAUAAAAAAAAUGAGUUUAUGAA